UCACAUAUCAUGUUGAUGAUGGCUUAUCAUCAUGACAAUCAUUUUGCAAUUCAUAUUACAGUUCCGUUUUCAGAAAAAUAUAUGUACGGUUGAGGAAAAAAUAUAUGAAUAAAAUGGUAGAGGUAGAAGCAAAGCAUAUUCUUCACAGUGGCAUUUUUCAUCCUGUUUUACGACAAUGGCAAUCACCAAAUGUAGAGAUUACGGUUAAUGCUCUCAUGUAUCCAAUCUUCAUCACGGAUGAACAAGAUGCUAAAGAUCCCAUUGCUAGCAUGCCAGGUGUUUAUCGGUAUGGGAUUAAUCAUUUGCGGAAAAUGUUACAGCCAUUGGUUUCAAAAGGCUUACAGUCAAUAUUAUUAUUUGGAGUAUCAAAACACUUGAAGAAGGAUCAUAUUGGAAGUAAUGCAGAUAGUGCACAGAAUCCCAUUAUUCAAGCUAUACCAUUAAUAAGAAAAUGGUUUCCAAAUCUACUAAUAGCAUGCGAUGUAUGCUUAUGCUCGUAUACUAUUCAUGGUCAUUGUGGAGUUUUAAAUGAAGAUGGGAGUAUAAACAAUAAGGCCAGUAUUGAGCGAAUUUCUGAAGUUGCACUUGCAUAUGCAAAAGCUGGAGCUCAAAUUGUGGCACCAUCUGAUAUGAUGGAUGGAAGGAUAAGUGCAAUAAAAAAGAAACUAGCAUUAGUUGGAUUAAUGAAUAAAGUUGCAAUUCUAUCUUAUGCUGUGAAAUUUGCAUCAGGAUUUUAUGGACCUUUUAGAGAUGCAUCACAAUCUGCACCUAAGUUUGGAGAUAGAAAAUGUUAUCAAUUACCUCCAGGAAGUAACGGAUUAGCUGCUAGAGCGGCUGCUAGAGACGUUUCUGAGGGAGCUGAUAUGCUUAUAGUCAAACCAGGUUUACCUUACUUGGAUGUUGUUAGACAUACAAAAGAUGCACAUCCAGAGUAUCCAAUGUUUGUGUAUCAGGUUUCAGGAGAAUAUGCAAUGCUUUAUCAUGGUGCUCAAAAUGGUGCAAUAAAUUUAGAGAAUGUUUUAAAAGAAGUUCUUUUAUCAAUGAGAAGAGCAGGUGCUGAUUGCUUAGUAACUUUUGUUUUUACAAAAGAAGAGAAACAGAAGGAAGAUAUUGGGACCGUCAUUGGAAUUGAUUUAGGCACAACAUAUUCUUGUGUUGGAGUUUAUAAAAAUGGAAGAGCAGAGAUUAUAGCCAAUGAUCAAGGAAACAGAAUUACACCUUCUUAUGUGGCAUUUACUGCUGAUGGUGAACGUUUAAUUGGAGAUGCUGCAAAGAAUCAACUGACUACAAAUCCUGAGAAUACAGUUUUUGAUGCCAAACGAUUAAUUGGUAGAGAAUGGUCAGAUCCUACUGUACAACGUGAUAUCAAGUUCUUUCCAUUUAAAGUAAUUGAGAAAAAUAGCAAGCCACAUAUAAGAAUGGCAGUUAAUGGUGAGGAAAAAGUGUUUGCACCUGAAGAAAUCUCUGCUAUGGUACUUGGUAAAAUGAAGGAGACAGCAGAAGCAUACUUAGGCAAAAAAGUUACUCAUGCUGUUGUUACUGUACCAGCUUAUUUUAACGAUGCCCAGAGACAGGCUACUAAAGAUGCAGGUACUAUUUCUGGACUUGUCGUUAUGAGAAUCAUCAAUGAACCUACAGCUGCUGCAAUUGCUUAUGGUUUGGAUAAGAAAGAUGGAGAAAAGAACGUGUUAGUUUUUGACUUGGGUGGUGGUACCUUUGAUGUCAGUUUGCUUACAAUUGAUAAUGGAGUGUUUGAGGUUGUUGCAACAAACGGUGACACUCAUUUAGGUGGUGAGGACUUUGAUCAACGUGUAAUGGAUCACUUUACCAAACUGUAUAAGAAGAAAAAAGGCAAAGAUAUUCGCAAGGAUAGUAGAGCUUUACAAAAAUUGCGUCGCGAAGUUGAGAAAGCUAAAAGAGCACUCAGUGUUAGCCACCAAGUGAGGAUCGAAAUUGAAUCAUUCUUCGAGGGUGAAGACUUCUCCGAGACCUUAACGCGUGCCAAAUUUGAGGAGUUGAACAUGGAUCUUUUCCGUAGUACCUUAAAACCUGUACAAAAAGUCCUAGAAGAUUCCGACAUGAAUAAGAAAGAUGUAGAUGAAAUUGUACUUGUUGGAGGUUCCACUAGAAUUCCCAAAGUUCAACAAUUAGUUAAAGAAUUCUUUGGCGGCAAAGAGCCGUCACGGGGUAUUAAUCCUGACGAGGCCGUCGCGUAUGGCGCUGCUGUGCAAGCUGGUGUCCUUUCUGGAGAGCAAGAUACAGAUGCUAUUGUACUUCUAGAUGUCAACCCACUUACUAUGGGUAUUGAAACUGUUGGAGGUGUGAUGACUAAACUUAUUCCAAGGAAUACCGUGAUUCCGACCAAGAAAUCGCAAAUCUUCUCUACUGCGUCUGAUAAUCAACAUACAGUAACUAUCCAAGUAUACGAAGGUGAACGUCCAAUGACAAAAGACAACCAUCUUCUGGGUAAAUUCGAUCUUACUGGCAUCCCACCAGCACCAAGAGGUAUACCACAAAUUGAAGUUACCUUUGAAAUCGAUGCUAAUGGUAUUUUACAAGUAUCUGCUGAGGACAAGGGAACUGGAAAUCGGGAAAAGAUUGUUAUUACCAAUGACCAAAAUCGUCUUACUCCCGAUGACAUAGAAAGGAUGAUAAAGGAUGCCGAGAAAUUUGCUGAUGACGACAAAAAAUUAAAAGAACGAGUAGAAGCACGCAAUGAACUCGAAUCUUAUGCAUAUUCUUUGAAAAAUCAAUUAGCUGAUAAGGAGAAACUUGGCUCAAAAGUUAGCGAUUCCGACAAGGCCAAAAUGGAGGAUGCUAUCGAAGAAAAAAUUAAAUGGUUAGAAGAGAAUCCAGAUACUGAUCCAGAAGAAUAUAAAAAACAAAAGAAAGAACUUACGGAUAUUGUUCAGCCCAUUAUUGCCAAAUUGUAUCAGGGUGCAGGUGGUGGAGUUCCACCAACCGGAGGAGAUGAAGAAGAUCUGAAAGAUGAGCUUUAACUAAAAUAUGAUCAGUACUUGUAUUCGUGCUAAUUUAGACUGAAUUAAUAACAGUCUCAUGCAAAUGUUGCAGAGAUUAAUACGUCGUUGAUAUGUCGAGCAUAAAAGACUGAUCGACGAACGUUUGUUAUUCAUUAAGUUACAUCAGAAGUAAACAAUACAUGACUGUGGAGAUCAAUCUAUGUAUUGUACUAUAGCGUAUUUGUCAUAACAGUCAUGAUUUUAAUCUUCUCGAUAAAAGUACAUAUAUCUAAUUGAAGGAAUUUUAUUACCGAGAGUAGCUUCACUAGUUUCCACAUAAGAUACUGCGCGUUAAUUUAUUUUAAUUAAUUGUUUUGUAUGUUACAUUACAUAUAAUGGAAUAAGCAGUUGUGUAAUUCGCGUUACAGGUUUUGCAAUGUGCUGUGUGAGGACAGAGUGAAUGUGCAAGCGUGUAUGACUUGCGCCUAUUACUGCCUGUAGAUAAACUAUAUCGUACUAUGUACAAUAUAGCUGUUCUGUAUGAAUGAAUGUCAUAUGUAUCAGUAUCACGGAAAUAAACAUUUUUUCAGUAAA